CCCAGGCAGCGGCCACCCACCCUGUGAAUCUCAGAUCCUCUGCCCCACCUUGUCCAUCCCACUUCGAACAUCGGGAUUUCCUGCCAACUCCUCGGCGCACAAUACCAGCAACAAGUGAACUAAGCUUGACAAUACUGCACAGCAGCGCAGCCUAGCGAGUCAUUCUCUUACCGGAAACAAAGUUGCAAAACAAAAUGGCAAGAAACGCCCGAGGGCAGCCCGACGAUGUGGACAUCACCAUCCGUCUCAAGCAUGGCAUCCACACCAUCUUCAUGAUCAUCGACCCCCUUGCCCCAUUCUCCAAGAUCACCGAGGAGCUCCUAGACACUAUUCGGGAGCGAUACCCAGAUGGCUUGACUACCUCAAAGGUGCCGCCAAAGACCACACCGAUCCCCGACUCCAACGAGAGCGUCCGCAUCUCCUAUGCGCUUAUGAAAAACCAGAGUGACCCCUCGCAGGGCUGGCGGAACCUUGGGAUCUUGGAGAAGGACACCCCUGUGGAAAAGGGGCUGAAGGAGAGCUGUGUGGUGGCUUUCGCCUUGCAAGAUGCGGACGAGACGGAUGAGAACGUGAAGUUCGAGGUGGAGUGGCCUCAGUUGGAGGACGAC